UCUCUGAAAAAGGCUCUCAGGCUCCCUCUUCGCUCCAAUAGACAGGAGGGACUUAGGGCUGGAUAAUCGUCAAAUUCUUACCUCGCCCUUUCACUGCUAGUGGGAUCAGAUUGCGUUUCUCUCAGUAUUCUCUGCUUCCCAGUGUCUUGAUCUGUUUAAAAGACAUAGAAAAGAUAAAUCCUUUCUUCAGUACCUAGCGGGAAAACAAAAUAACGUCAACGCCGCUUUGAAAAAAAUCUUUCCAAGAACUUUCUUCAGAGAUUUGACUCAGGUGAUUUAUACAAUGAAGAAAGAACAUGUUCUUUGGGCUUCUCUUCUGCUUAGUCUUGCCCCUGCCCCUCUUAAAGCUGAUCCUGAGGAAGGUGAAGAACAUACAAAUAUCACAGAUACUGCAUUGCCACCACUGAAACCUAUGCAUUCAUUUUGUGCAUUGAAGGCAGAUGAUGGCCCAUGCAAAGCAAUGAUGAAGAGAUUUUUCUUCAAUAUUUUCACUCAACAGUGUGAAGAAUUUGUAUAUGGGGGAUGUGAAGGAAAUCAGAAUCGAUUUGACAGUCUGGAAGAGUGCAAUAAAAUAUGUGUAAGAGAUUAUUCAAAGAAGUUUACAAAGACAACAUUCAGAAAAGAAAAGCCAGAUUUCUGCUUUUUGGAAGAAGAUGCUGGAAUCUGUCGAGGUUAUAUUACCAGGUAUUUUUAUAACAAUCAGUCAAAACAGUGUGAACGUUUCAAGUACGGUGGAUGCCUAGGCAAUCAAAACAACUUUGAAUCUCUGGAAGAAUGCAAGAACACUUGUGAGGAUACAUUGAAUGAUUUCCAGGUGGAUGAUUAUAAAACCCAGCUUGAUGCUGGGAAUAAUAACUCCUUGACUCCCCAACCAACCAAGGUUCCCAGAAUUUUUGAAUUUCACGGCCCCUCGUGGUGUCUUACCCCAGCAGACAGAGGAUUGUGUCAAGCCAAUGAGAACAGAUUCUACUACAAUUCAGUCAUUGGGAAGUGCCGCCUAUUUAAGUACAGUGGAUGUGGGGGAAAUGAAAACAACUUCACUUCUAAAAAAGCAUGUCUGAGGACAUGUAAAAAAGGUUUCAUCCAAAGAAUAUCUAAAGGAGGACUAAUUAAAACCAAAAGAAAAAGAAAGAAGCAGUCAGUGAAAAUAGUAUAUGAAGAAAUUUUUGUUAAAAAGAUAUAAAUUAUACCCUGGUUUCUUUUUGGAUCGAAUAAAUCUUUUGCCUUUUACUAAAGAUUUCUAUGGAGAGGAACAACU